GUUUGCCUUACAGUUGACCCAACUGGGAUUCCGUAGUUGUCCUCUCUAGAAUUUCUUCCGGAUAAAUACAGUAUUGCAAGAAGGACCGAGCAUAACAACACGAUAACUGCACAGAGACACAAUUCAGCCUCAGUUUUCAAUCUUUGUGGUUUUGCUUGGCCACAGAGCUAACUUUACCUCGCCCCUCCAUGCUGCUGUGUCGCGUUUCGGCAAUAAGCCAGACGCUAGCGAGAUGGGGACGGAGGUCACACCGAGGAGGCGGCCUCCUCCAUCGUGCUCUCUCCGUCAGUUCCAAGCGCUGUCAUGGUGUAAGUUCAAAAGAAGGCAGCGCUCAGCCGACAGAGGCCGGCUCUGCUCAGGGACUGUACCGAGACACGGUGCUUCUUCCUCGAACUGACUUCCCAGUCAAACUGACUGGACAGAAGUUGCUGGACCGAGAACUCAAAAUCCAGAAGGAAUGUGGAUUUGCAGAUUUGUACUCUUGGCAAAGAGAGAGGAAGGUCAAGAAGGAGUUCUGUCUUCAUGAUGGACCCCCUUACGCCAAUGGAGACCCUCAUGUAGGACACGCACUCAAUAAGAUCCUGAAGGAUAUUCGUAACCGUUUUGAGAUGCUGAGGGGGCGACAGGUCCACUACAUUCCAGGCUGGGACUGCCACGGCCUGCCCAUCGAGCUGAAGGCUCUGGGAGAGUUAGGGACUAGCGGCCUUGGCCCCUUGCAGAUCAGACAGAAAGCACGGGCGUUUGCAGAGGAGGCCAUAGCUCGUCAGAGGGCUGCUUUCCAGCGCUGGGGCGUGAUGGCUGACUGGGACCAGUGCUACUACACGUAUGACGGAGCCUAUGAGGCUGCUCAGCUCAAAGUCUUCCAGGAGAUGCACAGCAAGGGUUUCAUCUACCAGGACUACAAGCCAAUCUUCUGGUCCCCUUCAUCAAGAACAGCUCUAGCAGAGGCAGAGUUAGACUACAACUCUGAGCAUGUGAGCAGAGCCAUCUAUGCCUCCUUCCCCCUGAUCACACUGCCGCCUAAGAUAGCCUCAGAAGCAGCAGGUCUGGAUGGUGUCUGUGUGUUGGUGUGGACCACCCAGCCUUGGACCAUUCCUGCCAACCAGGCCGUCUGCUUCAUGCCCAAUGCUCAGUACUCUGUGGUGAAGAGGGCAGACAACUCUGAGCUGCUCUUAGUGGCCACUGAGCGCACAGCCAGUGUGGCAGCGCUGCUGGGCACAGAGCUGGAGAGUGUAGGCACCUUUAUAGGCUCCCAGCUUGAGGGUGGGAUCUGCAAACAUCCUACAAUUCCUGACAAGGAAGUUCCGCUGUUGCCAGCCAAUCACGUGACUAUGGCAAAAGGAACAGGAUUGGUCCACACAGCACCAGCUCAUGGCAUGGAGGAUUACAGUGUGGCCUCACAGUUUGAACUGUCUGUGGAGUGUAUGGUGGAUGAGGACGGCAAGUUCACUGAACUGGCUGGCCCUGCGCUACAGAAUCUGUCUGUGAUGACCGAAGGGACAGACAAAGUGAUUUCCAUGCUGAAGGAGUGUGGGGCUCUGGUGAAGGAGGAGCAGUGUGUUCACAGUUACCCGUAUGACUGGAGGACAAAGCAGCCUGUCAUCAUCAGGCCCAGCAAACAGUGGUUUAUCAACACGGCAUCACUUAAAGACAAAGCCAAGGAGGCGCUGCAGAAGGUGCGUGUUUUGCCGGAAUCGGCGCGCGGCAGCCUGCUGGCCAUGCUGGACAGACGGACUUACUGGUGCAUCUCCAGACAGCGAAGCUGGGGCGUCCCAAUCCCAGUCUUCUACCACAGAGAGACCGGAGAGGCUCUCAUUAACAAACACACAGUGUCCCAUAUAGCAAAGCUCUUCAAAGAAAAGGGCAGUGACUGCUGGUGGAAGCUUCCUAUUGAGACUUUGCUGCCAGCAGAAGUGCUGAAGAAGAGUAAAGCAGGUCCAGUGACUGACUAUGUUCGCGGAGAAGAUGUCCUUGACAUCUGGUUCGACAGCGGAGCAUCGUGGGCUGCUGUACUCGAAGAAGAGAUAGAAGGAGACCCUGAGGAGCCUGAGUCCCAUCUCAGAUGGCUCCCUGCUGCACUUCGCAAACCUCUGGUCGCAGAGACGGACUCCAGGGCAGAUGCAUACAUAGAAGGGAAGGACCAGAUUGGAGGCUGGUUUCAGUCCUCCCUGCUGACCAGUGUAGCCGUCAGGAACAAGGCACCUUACAAGUCUCUGGUGGUGCAUGGCUUUGUUCUCAGUGAGAAGGGAGAGAAGAUGUCCAAGUCUGUGGGCAACGUCGUGGAUCCCGACACAGUCAUUAAUGGAGGGAAGGACCCCAGCCUGCCACCCUAUGGGGCAGACGUGUUGCGUUGGUGGGUGGCAGAUUCAAAUGUCUUCUCUGAGAUUCAGAUCGGACCCACUGCGCUCAACUCAGCCGCGGACAACAUCGGCAAGGUGAGGAAGACUCUGAAGUUCCUGCUCGGCAACUUGCAGGGUUUCGACCCACGUGUGCAGGCUGUGGACCCCAAAGACAUGCGCUACAUUGAUCAGUACAUGUUGCACUUGCUCCGCGAGUACAGCAUGAAGGUGACAGACGCCUACAGUGAGUUUGAUGCUAGCAGGGUCAUCCGGGUCCUCCAAGCCUUCAUCACCAGAGAACUCUCCAGCUUUUACUUCAGCAUCGUCAAAGACAGGUUGUAUUGUGAUUCGGAGGACUCAUUGGGCAGACGAUCAUGUCAGACAGUUUUAGAGGAGAUUCUGGAUGGAGUGACCAGAUCCAUAGCUCCCAUCCUGCCACAUCUAGCCGAAGAGGUCUAUCUACACGCACCAGGACAUGACCAAGGGGAGACAUUGUUUAAGAGUGGCUGGAUCAAAAGCAGUUCUGUGUGGCGGCGACCGGGAUUGGAGGAGGCAGUGGAAGGGGCAUGUGCCAUCAGAGACUCCUUCCUGUCUUCCAUUGCAGGCAAAAAUGCUGCUAAGUUUGACCUCACCAUUGCUAUUGAACCCAGUUUGCUGUUUGAACUCAUGGAGUCUCUCCAAGAGGAACCCACCUCCACCUCCUCGCAGCUGGCUGAGCUGAUGAUGGUAGCACGGGUCAACCUGACCAGUAAGCUACCUCGCGAUCUGCCCCCAGAUGCCAUACUUAGCCACGGUACCUUCCUCAUCAACUUGGAAGGUGGUGUUAUCCGUGAGGAGAGCAGCUACAGUAUAGCAGUGGUGCCCACUUCUGGUGCCCGAUGCCCACGGUGUCGCCGCUACACUGCAGAGUCAGCUGACUGCCUCUGCCCACGCUGCCAGACUGUUGUUUCACAGGCUCACUGACAGGUCGCGUCGCCGUGACGACCAGCAACAUUACCUACCUUGGCUCCUUUGUUUCCCUGCAUCGAGUGAAGUUGCUGUGGAGGCCUGAAUAUGGACAGUUUCUUUCUUUACAAUCCUUGUUUCCAUCAGCUGAGAAAUGUAAAACUGACUCCAAAUCAGCUGUUGCCUCAUUCCGGGUUUCUCUCAUUUUGGCCACAGCCAGUUAAAAGAAACAUGCAGCUUGGCACCAUUUUGACAUAAAAGAGAGACGGCGUGUCUCCACUUUCUCCCACUGUACCAAAGUGAAGCUAAAAUAUCCUGGAUACCAGAGUGCCGCCAUCUUGCGCUGGUGACAUCAUCUGGAGCCAGAGUCUGUGGAGUAGUGAUUGACUAGUGGAGUCGUGGUGUUGAGUUCCCAUCCACACCCCCGCCUGGCAUAACUAAUAACAAACUAAUUGAAACCAAAUGUAUCAGAAAAAUAAAUACCUGAACAUACAUCAGUGGGAUAAGGACUAUUUAAACUAAGAAAAAAAAAACCAUCUUUGGGAAAAACUGGACACAUUUUUCAGUUUUUAUUUUGGCUUAUGUUCCGUCUGCAGGAUUUAUACUACAUAAGGCCACCGGGGGCAAUCAAGGUUGAUUGGCUGUGGUUCAUCUUUAUUUUGCUUGGCAUGGGACUGGCACUGUAAUGCUUAAGAGCAGAUAAGCAUACAUUUCUAUGUGCUUCAGACCUCACUAUUGUUAUGCACUAACACUUUCCUAAAACAGCAGGUGUGAACUUUAAAGCCAAAAUGUGUGAGGCAACCUGAGUGUUCUCUUUGCAUAUGUGAUCUUGUACCGCCAACCAAUCCGAUACAUCGUGAGCAAGUUUCUCUGCUGUCGUUGGGAACUGGAGGUAAUGACUCGAUGUUUAGUCGGGAGGGGAUGUGAGUUAGAGGGCUCAUGUUCUUUAAUGCGUAAAUACAAGGAAAAGGAAUUCACUACCAUGAGUGUCACUGUGUGACAACUUUAGAGAAUUAAUAUUGUUUGUGGGUAAGUUCUUGUAAAUGCCUGCCUUUGUAUAAUAAAGCCUGUUCCUUGUAAA